UAUUUUGAAGAGUUACCGGAAGUGGGCGGUGAAGCGUUCACUUAACGGAGGUCCUCUGCACGUUCUUGUGUUUGCGUCGGAGGAGGAGUUGAGUCUGUUAAAAAGUUGACUUAAACGGCGCUGGGAGAAGUUGUACGUUUGGCGAAGAGAGAAGUUCCACGUUCACCUGAGAGAAGAGGAACAAGCGUCUGCAGGUCAUAGUAAAAGUGCUGUUAAAAUCAGGAUGAGGUACCUGGUGUUAUUCUGUCUGUAUGCACUGGGGACCCUGUGCAGCCAUACAGGUGCACUGUCCCAGGCUCCAUCUAGCGGCAAACGAGGCUCCGAUUUUGGGAUCCAGGUGUUCCAGCAAGUAGCCCGCUCCAAACCACUGGAGAAUGUUGUAAUUUCUCCCCAUGGAGUCGCUUCUAUCCUUGGCAUGCUGCUGCCAGGAGGUCAUGGGCGAACCCGCAAACAAAUCCUGACUGCGCUCCGUUACAAGAAAAAUGGACCGUACAGGAUGUUGAAGAAACUGCACAAGACAUUGACUGCCAAGUCCAACCAGGAUGUGGUUCUCAUUGCCAACGCCAUGUUCAGCCAGGAAGGCUUCCCCUUGGAGAGGAGCUUUGUUGACACCAACAAAGCUAACUUCCGGGCUGAGAGCAAGACCAUGGACUUCAGUGAUCCCCAGAGGGCAGCAGAUAAGAUCAAUGCCUGGGUCAGCAAUAAAACCAAAGGUCACAUUAGCAAACUGGUCAGAGCUGAUGUACUGGAUUCUGCCCUAACCCGCUUGGUCGUUGCCAACGCCAUUUACUUCAAAGGCCUAUGGAAGUCCCGUUUCCAGCCUGAGGACACUAAGAUGAGGCCCUUCACCGGGGGCAAUGGAAAUGUGUACAAAGUUCCUACAAUGUCUCAGCUAUCGGUUUUCAAUACUGGCAUUGCCACCACGCCGCAAGAAGUGAAUUAUUGGGUGAUUGAAAUGCCCUAUCGCGGCAACACAAUCAGCAUGCUCAUUGUCCUGCCCACCGAGGAAGACACGCCCCUGUCCGACGUCAUCCCACAUAUCAACACGGCCACAGUGCAGAGUUGGAAUAAACUAAUGCACAUGAGAAAAGUGCGUCUACUCAUCCCCAAGUUCACUGCAGAUGCUGAGGUAGAUUUGAAGGCCCCCCUGUCAGUGCUGGGUCUCACAGACAUGUUCAGUCAAGACAAAGCUGACUUCAGGCACCUGAGUUCAGAGCCAGUGUAUGUCUCGAAGGCCCUUCAGAAAGCCAAAAUAGUGAUGGAUGAAGAUGGGACGACAGCAUCAGCUGCCACCACUGCAAUUUUGAUGGCUCGGUCCUCUCCUCCUUGGGUUUCUGUGGACAGACCCUUUCUCUUCCUCAUCAGGCAUAACCCAACCGGUACCCUCCUCUUCAUGGGCCAAAUUAAUCAGCCUUGAGUUCGCUGACCCAGAGGUGGUGCCACGGGCCAGCAGCUAUGCAUGAACAAACACGUACAAACAUUCAUUGCUGUAGAUAGUUUUAUUGCGUUUUAUGUUGCUUUAAUGCAUAGCAUAUAACAAUUAGAAGAUGUUUUUUGCAGUUUUCCAGAUGUUUUUUUUUGUACAUCUGGAAUUUGUUUUUAAUAGACUUUGAAUGUCAUUUGUGUGUUUUAAGUUUUGAGUGAAAUAUGUGAUUUAAUUUUUCGUUUUGACUUCUUAUUUCCAGUUAAGUUAUGGCAAUGAUUAUGAUUAAUUUGAGUGGAAUAA